AUGCUAAGGGAUGAUAAUCUUAAAUUAUUAUAUGAUAAUUUCACUAACGGAUUUCAAGUAAUUCAAGAUACAACAUAUGAUGAUGGUACAAUAUUACUUCGAAUUCGACCUAACGAAGAUAUUAAUUGUACCAAUUCAAUGAUACGAUUAAGAUUAAUUAUGACCGAUGGAUCAAUAUUAAAGAUUGAUGUCAAUAGUAAUAAUACUGGGAAAUAUCAAUUAUUAUCGGAGAACUUUUGUCAAAUUCAACCAGGAGUCUCAUUUAGUUUAAAUCAAAAUUUAAGUAAUCGAAAUUCUUUAAACAAUCAAAUUGAUACCACUUCUUCUUUGUUUACCCCGGAUGGAAUUAAUUAUUAUGAAGAUAGUAUAAACAUUUAUGCCAUCUCGAGAAAUUAUAUUUUAAUAACUUAUUUAUGUGGUAAUGAUACGAGAUAUAAUGUUUGUGGAAUUAUUGUUGAUUGGUUAGGAAAUGUAUUAUCCUAUGAUAUACCUCUGGGAGAAAAUUGUGACGACGUGAAUAUUGCUCAAAAUUUAGAUCCUCAAUCCGGAUUUUUAUGGGUUUGUUAUUUAAAUGCGUCAAGUCAAUUAUUAUGGAAGGAAUUUAGUAUACCAGAUAGUGAAGGAAUAAUGAAAGAAUUAAGAACGGGUACAUUAAACAAUAUUCGAAAUUUUAGUCCAAAUUAUACAUCAAUAUUUCCAUUGGAAGAUGGAGGGUAUGGUAUAGUGACAGCUCAAUUUAAUGGAUCAAAUUUAUUGUCAUUGUCUUUUCCCCCAUGGACAGUACUUGUAAAUUUUAUACCCGUCACAGGGAAUGAAACUUCAGGUCCAUUUCAAAUCUUUAAUCAAAAUGAUAUCGCCUUAAAUUCCGUAAAUGUAUUUGGAUGUACGAUCUCAUUUGCAUCAUUCGGUUAUAAUUGUAUCAUUCAUCAUGUGGAUAUUUUUACGAGAAGGACAUUUUUAAAUUUAGAAUUUUUAAGAAGUGGAGCAUUAAUUGAUACCAAUACGAUUAAUGUUUAUAAUAAUAAUGGUUUUGAUAUUUUGGAUAUGGGAGGAUCAAUUGUUUGGAAUGCGGAAACUUUAUUUAAAGGAGGAUAUUUAAUACUUACCGAAAAUGUGGUUGAACCAAAUCAUACGAUUUCCGGUAGAGUUUUUAAUAAUAAUGGAACUCUUCAUGGUGAUUGGGGAAUGCCAAAUACUUAUAAUUACACUCGACACGUUGGAAUAUUUCCUAAUAACACUAUUUGGGGAAUUUCUAUAAAUAACUUGAGUAAUACUUGGACUUUUGUUUCUAGUUUUAGUUUAUCGGAUUAUCGAACAACUUCCGAUCCUGGUGGUUAUGAUAACGCAUUUAUAAAUUCCACGGAUCCCAAAAAAUCAGAAUUUAUUAAUUCCAAAGAUACCAAAAAAAUUGUUAUAAAUUUUAUUUCUGAAAUUACUUUGUCAAAUGGAAACAUUUCUAUAUGGCAAUUAAAUAUGUCAUCAUCAUUAACUUCAUCCACCUCCACCACAAUUUCUUCAUUGUUAAAGAAUGGUAAUUCUACAAUAGAAUUUGAUGUCAUAGAAAGUACAUUUAAUCAAGAAGGUGUAAUUUAUUUUAUUACUAUGGAAAAUGGAUUUGUGAAAGAUACCGCAAGAGAUCAACCAUUAUUAGGGAUUAGACCAUUGACUUGGAAUUUUACUACGAGAAUUAUUGAUGGUGAUAAUGUUGUCGUUAAUCAAGAUUCGGCCAAUGCAAUAAUUAGAUUAACUUCAUCAGGUUCAAAAUAUUAUAUUUCUUUAUCAACCGUGGAACAAAAAUUAUUCACUCAAGAAUUAUCCAAAGAAUUAUCAAACAUUAUACCAUGUUCUGAUUCGAGAAUAAAAAUGAAUCGACAUUUUCAAUUUGAUAAGGAUACCGAGGAAACUCAAAUCUUGAUGAGAGUUGAAAUCGAUUCUCCUCCUUCAAUAACGAAUUCAUCAAGUAUUUUAAAGGAGAAAAGUUCUUUAAGUGUUAUUUCCGAUAUGGAUCUUUUAAUUCGAAAUAAGAGUUUUACUUUGAUUUCACAACGACCGUAUACAAGUUUAUUAGAUGAAAAAUUUGGAAGUCAAGUUACACCUGAUUUGUGGGAAAAAUAUAAAUGGAUAUUAUUGGGAUUAUCUUUGGGAUUAUUCUUAUUAUUCAUUUUAUUAUGGUUUUCAUAUAAGAAAAAUCCAAAGGCACAAAAUUUCAUUGUAGCCAUGUAUAUCUUUAUUUUGGUGGAUUUUGUUUUAGACGUUUUAUUUUUAACAUAUAAUUCAUCUGAUUUGGAUUGGAUAUUCGAAACUUUUGCAUCAAUUGGUCGAGAAUCUUCCGAAAAAUUAUCCGAUGCUUCCGAAGUUUCCGAAGUUAGUAGAACUUCUUAUAAUAACAAUGGUGAAGGUGGUGUAAUUUCAACAAAUCCUCAAGUUCGUCCCGUUUUUAAUAUAAGGGAUCCUACUGAUGAAAGUUUAGCUCCUACCGUAAAAACCGUACCUUCAAUAAAAUUAGCUGAUAGUAUCAUUGAAAUUGAAGAUCCACUAAUGAGUGCCAAAGUAACUUCACCAACUAGUAUAAUAAGUAAUAAUCCCAUGAUUCCUACAGGUGAAGGAUACACUUCAAAAAUGAUUGAACAAUUUGAUCUAACACCAACUGAAAAACAAUUGAUGUCGUCAUCAAGAACAUCGUCAUCUAGUAAAUCUAAGAAAGGAUUAUUUAGUGGUAGUAGAUCAAGCAAAAAGAAAAGUAAAGAUAGUAGUAGUAGUGUUGUUAUCGGUGGUGAAGGUCCAUCAAGAAGUUUAAGUAGUGAUAAAGAUUUGUGUACUGCAACACAAAUUUAA